AUGUCAUACCACACUUCCACGACUACGACAACCUAUACUGCCACUCCGACCGCCGACACGUACCACAUUGAGCCGUUUCAAGGUCACACUCAUCACAUAGAUUUACGAACAUCACUAAAUCUUCCUUUUGUGCGCGUCGAAGACACGGCGUUGAUACUACGCUACACGGCGGAACUGAAUCGUCGUCUGGAACAGGCCACCCUACGUGACGAAACCAUCCGCCCCGACGGCGCUUGGGAAACAAGCAGUAUGGAUAACGCUAUACCUCCAGACCGUCGUGUGGAUAAUAGGCAGCUGCAUCCUUGGGGCGUCGCGCGGAUCCGACCGGCGCCGUCUCGGAUGGAUGCUCUUGCGGAGCGUCUAACCAUUUUUCACGCGAAAACUCCGCGAUCGGAGCCGUCAUCCUCGUCAAUGCCCCGCCGUGGCGUGGCACGGUGGGGUCCAGAUUUGCAUGCUUAUUUACAGCACUUGAUGCGUGUACUUUCGGUGAACGGUGAGCAGAGCCCGGAGCUUGCCUUGGCUUUAAUGUAUCUGGAUCGUGCCUGCUCGGUGGAAACUCCCCGGAGCCCCGGUAUCCACGCGUGUCCUUUGGUCACACCCCGAACGGCACAUAGACUCGUGUUGACGGCAUUUCUAGUCAGUGUCGAAGCGUGGCAGGGGAAGAGCGUCGUACAGAUGUACGAUGAGAUAAAGUCGCUCGGUAUUCCGCUGGAAACACUACUGGCCAUGACUGAUUGGAUGAAAGAGGCCUGCGGUCAUCAGCGGCUACUGAUCACCCCGGAACAGACACGGCAUUGGACGCAAUCUUGGGAAGCACGCUUUCCAUCCGCCCCGUUGACAUCCGUAUCAUCGCAAGCGACGUCCUCGACGGAUCUAGCUGUGCCGGCCUUUCCUCCACAAGUGCCUCUAAGGCCUUCCACUUUGACGACGACAAAGGAGCAGGAGGCGACCUUACCAAACUCAAUAUCUGAAUCGGAGCUUUUGCACCCAAAUCACUUGGUCCGCGCCGCAUAA